CAGAGUAUCACAGAGGCCACUCGCCCUGUGAUCUUCAAUGGGAUAGCUCGUCUAAGGUAUUCCGACUCUGCUGUGAGGAGAAAUGCUGCAGUUUGUCGCAGUUCUCGCAUUUCUUAAUGUGGCCGCUGCUACCACGACCACCGAACCGCCUCCACGAAAUGUUUCGUUUAACUACGUCUCGGAUAUUCGUGAUUACGAGGGUAGCGCAUACCACAUUACGUGCGAGUACGACGGCUCAUCGAAAGAGCUCGCCAUUCAUCUAAACCACGACGGUUCAGAAGCUCUGAAGAUGCUCCGCUAUCAGUGGAGAACUGAAGGCAGCGUCGUGGAUGACACGUACCAUUUCAAGAGCAACGCGAGCAAGAAAGUCACGUUGAGUGGAGUUCCCGCCCGGACGCGGAUCUCGAUCGGCUUAGUUCCUGAUCCCGAUCACGAGCAAGGGGGGAAAUAUUGGAUCUACAUCGGUAGCACGUGCUGGACAGGAUCAAAGAUCGGGAAGCCAUCGAAGCCUGUUCUGAAACCGUCCUCGGCUUUCACGCACCCGUUAGUUGAGUGGACGGCGCCGAAGAACCCGAACGGACCCAUCGAUGGUUACGACCUGAAUUGGUGCGUGACUCAGGAAGAAAAACCGAAGACCGUCCAAACCCGAGCAGUAAUGCCGACGAAAGAGCCCGAGACGCUGAAAACCCAGAAUUCGAACCAAAGGAAAGCAGGAAACGCCUCGCGGACCGAAGUCGCAGUGGGAACCUCUUCCGACGACACCUCUUCGACGACGUCUACAGCAUCGUCAUCAACUGGGACAGAGUCAGCGAUGACGUCGACGACGACUACGCCGAAACCUGAGCCGAAAUGCGCUACUAAAGACAUUCCUGUCAAUCCGGCUAACGUCAAUGUUUUCCAAGGUUACAAGACGACAAUCGAGGGAUACGAUCCCGCUGUCGGCUAUAGAGUUUGCAUCCGUGCUUACAAUUACAAAGGUACCGACAAGAUCCAUUCCGAAGAAGAAUGUCAAACGCGGAAGGACCGGGCUCAUUUCGAGAAACUGUACUUCGAGAUGUGUCCCCAAUGAUGAUAGUCCCUCGCGCUUCGCUUGAAUUCAAUGUUCUCAUAGGUCAUCCGCCGCCCUCGGCGGGGAUCCCUGUAUUUUAAUAAACGUCGAACACGAUGAGGCUGAAUUUA